UGAAGGCACUAUACAUUAGCUUAAUAUUGCAGUACACUGUCAAUCGAAUAUUUUUAUUAGAAAAAAUUUGAGAAUGCACUUGAAAUAUGUACUAAUAUUCAGACAUGAUUUAUAAAUUCCUUUUAGAGUAUUGUUACAAAUCAUCUACUUCUGAAGGCACUACACAUAAGUUUAAUAUUGGAGUAGACUGUCAAUUAAAUAUUUUUAUUGGAAAAAAUUUGAGAAUGUACUCGAAAUAUGUACCAAUACACAGACAUAAUUUAAAAUUCCCCAAGCUUAAAUUUCAAAAGUUUACAUCGGUAGCUUCGCCCGUAAAAAAAUCAGGAUGGUUGCUCCAAAACCGGUAGGAAUAAAAGAAUACCCCCCGGGCGCACGUGCAUCCGGGGAUCUCGAAGAAUCCAGGGGCAGGCGUGACCACCGCGGAGGGCAGCCAGAAAAGGGUCGAAUACGGAGGUGGUCGAAGGUUGCCGAGGUCAGGAGCGCGGCGCGAAGCCUGCGUAUCGCCACGUUUCCUCUGCGACCGAACGAAAAGUUUCGCCGCGUUCGUCCAAGAGCUUAGUAUACCCCGGCAAGCCGAUCAGGCUGCCCGUGGCUGUGGCUGACUGACUGCUUUGCUCGACUGCUUGCCUGCUCGUCUGACUGCUAACCGGCCGCCGGUGUCUCGUCUGGUUCAGUCGUCGUCCCAACAUCCUCCUCGCAACACGUCCGCGGUCGGUGGCAGCCAACCAGUCUAAAAGUCUUCACGUUUCACUCGUCGUCUUCUCGUUUACGGUUUCUGUCAUGCUGCGGGGGCCUCCGAAGGGUUGUAACGCUUUUUUCGACGCCAGAUUGACUCUCGUGCACUCCGAAGAAAUCAGAAGAACCAAGAGGAUCGUCAUUCCAUCAACGGUUGCAGUUGUGCCUUUUUUGGAUAAAAAAUUAGGAGAAUCCUUGAUGUACCAAGAAUUCCAGCUGCAUCCACUCCAAAAAAGGAUUAGGAGGAUUGUUGGUAAUUGACUCGGGAGGAUUUGAGAAACAAGUGGAUCAUUGGGCAACAGAAGCUCCAGUUCCCUCUUCUCCAAUGAAGGAAUGCUGAUAAUUACAGUGGAUGGCAGGAACCGAUUUUAUGAGUCAAGUGGGAUCGUUGUGGGUCCAGAAGAUUCAUUCGCGUCCUUUUGAAUGGAAAAUCAGGCUCGUUGGCGAUUAAAUGUAUAGAAUCUACAUUCCAAUUGGAUCAUAAGUGCUCCAAUAGUUUCGGUUCUGCUCUCUGUGAUUAUGGAGCAGGAUGGUUGGUAAUUAAUUAAUUCGAAUUGGUGAAUCGGGAGUUCCUUUGCCAGUGCUAAACGAUCGGAGUUCUCGUGCAAAAGUGAUCGUGAGAGUCUCGUGGGUGGAUGACACACUCUGGUCAGCUGAACGUUGCGGUGUAAUCGAUGCGAAAAAAUUCGGAACUUCACCAGGACGGAUCACAUUAACAUGGACGCUCGAUCCGCCAGCUUCGUGGGAAAUCGCGGAGCGUUUCCUGAAUUCAGCAGAACGCAGUCGACGGAAUCGAGGAAGGGAUUUGAUGUCUGAGGGAAGCUCGUGCUCGGUGGUGCCGAGAGGAGCAAUGGGAUCGUCCGCAGAGUUCCCGACGAUCGCGUUAAUUAUCACGGUGAAAUCCUCGAAGAAGACGUCGUCGAGUGGAAAGAUGACGAUGAACCCAACCGGUGGUCCAGGGACCCCGGAAGAGUACCAAUGGAGGAGGUGACGUAUCACCCAGUGAUGCGUAAACGACGUGGAUUGGCCAGCGCCGUUCUUGGCCUGACAGUGGGCCUUCUCCUGGGCUUCCUCAUCCAAAGCUACCGGAUACUCUCGUCGAGCCAUCACCAACGGGUCAAUAUUUACGCAUCCUCGAUGCCUGGGCCACGCGUGCUAAUCAAGCCCCCGGCGCGGAACGUUCCCAAGCUGAACGACGACGAGCAGAUAAACAGUUCCGCGAGCAGUUUGGUCUUCGUGGGUGUCAUGACGGCUGGCAAGUACCUCGACACGCGAGCGAAAGCUGUGUACGAGACCUGGGGCAAGGAGCUGCCCGGGAAAAUAGCGUUCUUCUCGUCCGAGAGCUCCACCGUCCCGUCGAACUGUCCCGAUCUACCUUUGGUCCCGUUGCCGCGAGUCGACGACACGUACCCGCCCCAGAAGAAGUCGUUCAUGAUGCUUCAUUACAUGUGGAACAAUUACGGCGAUCGUUUCGAGUGGUUCCUCAGGGCCGACGACGAUGUCUACGUCAGGACAGACCGUCUCGAGAAGCUGCUGAGGUCCGUCGACUCCAGGAGAGCCAUGUACAUCGGUCAAGCCGGCAGAGGGAACUCUGAGGAAUUCGGAUUGCUGUCACUCGAGUACGACGAGAACUUCUGCAUGGGCGGACCAGGUGUUAUAUUGUCCAGGGAGACCUUGAGGAGGAUCGUACCGCAUAUCAAGUACUGCUUGAGGCAUUUGUACACCACGCACGAGGACGUCGAAUUGGGAAGGUGCGUGCAGAAGUACGCUGGCAUACCUUGCACAUGGAGCUACGAGAUGCAGUCCAUUCUGUACCACAACAGCAGCGGUGCACAGGCGUUCACCGGAAACCUGAAGAAAAAAGAGGUUCACCGCGCGAUCACGCUGCAUCCUGUUAAAAGUCCGCCGCACAUGUACAGGCUGCACAAUUACAUGAGGGGCCUACGGAUACAGGAUCUGCAGCAGGAGAGGCUCGAUCUUCACAGAGACAUCUACGCCAUGGCCGGCCAGCUCGGGAUAAGCGUCGAGGAUCUCAAGAAUUACGAGAUCGCCGAAGGCGUUCCCCUGUUUCCUGUUAACUCUCACUCGAAAGAGUAUCCCGGCGACACGGAGAUGCUGGGUGUUCCAGCGGGACUCCAGUCGUUCAAGCCCACGAGCAGCGACGAGGUGAUUCCCUGGGACUUUCUCUCGAGGUCGGAGUACAGCUUAGCGGAUUCCAAUCCCAGGAGAAGGAUUCACAGCGGCAUAAGGGAGGGUCUGGAGGACAUCACCAGAGAAGUGAUGGCCUCCAUAAACGCCUGCUCACGACAGCGCGGCAGAGUCGUCGAGGAAAGGUCAGCCCUGUACGGAUACAGGAGAGUGGAUUCUUACGGCGCCGACACGAUACUGGAUCUUCUAUUGGUGUACCGGAAGUACAGAGGCAGAAAGGUUACGCUGCCCGUCAGGAGACACGUUUAUCUCCAUCAACACUUCACCGGACUGGAAAUACGGGAAACGGUGAACGGCGUGGAAAAGGAUGGGGCGCGAGGCGAUCAACGAAACGACAAGUCCUUGCAGAACAUAUUCAGCGGCGGUUUCCUGAACCUGAAUUUCAACUUCGAAGCGGAGGAUCCGGUCACGGACAAAACCAUCCACUUCGUCCUGCCUUUGGCGGGUAGGUACGAGGUUUUCCAACGGUUCCUGCAAAACUACGAAGAGGUCUGUUUAACGAACGGCGAGAAGACCAGGCUCCUAGUCGUUCUCUUCCAUCAUAAAACGGAGAGCUCUUACGACCAAACGAUAGAUCUGAUUCAGCAACUGAAGUACAAGCACCGCGGCGCGGGUAUCGAUAUUUUACCCAUCGCUGGGACGUUCUCCAGAGCCAGGGCCCUCGAUCUAGGCGUCUCGAAGCUGAACAACGACGAUUUGAUGUUCUUUGUCGAUGUGGACAUCGCCUUCACGAAAUCCGCUCUCUACAGAAUACGAGCGAACACUUUGCUAGGUAGACAGAUUUAUUUCCCCGUGGUGUUCAGCCAGUACGAUCCACGAAUCGUUCACGAAGACUGGAGGAGACGCGACACCUUCCUCGUGGACGAGACUUCUGGUUAUUGGAGACAGUUCGGAUUCGGUAUCGUUUCCUUGUACAAACGUGAUUAUCGUACCGUGGGUGGUUUCGACCUGUCCAUUCGAGGAUGGGGGAAGGAGGACGUAGACUUCUUCGAGAAGGUGGUCAAGUCCAACGUGACGAUCUUCAGGGCGGCCGACAGGGAUCUGGUUCACGUUUACCACGAGGUGGAGUGCAGCAAGGACCUCUCCGACACCCAACUCGCCAUGUGCAUGGGGACCAAGGCUGACACUUACGCGGGAAUGGAGACCCUGGCAAGAAUUAUCUACGAGGAUCCAAAUAUCCUGCGAUUUGCCAAAGCCAGGAGAGCGAACUUGACGAAUGCAGCUGGUUGAGGGAUUGUUUUCGUUUGGCUCACGAUGAUUUUUUUUAAACGCGUGACUUCGUUCCAGUGACAACGUGUUGACUUGUUAGCGACGUGUCACUGGACCCUAGCUACGAGUAAAUGAGGAAUAAUAAAUGUUGAAUGGUGAAUAAACAUCAGUUAGGUGAAUAAACAUCAAUGGACAUUGGAAUAGUUGAUAUUUUUUAAAUUAUUUGAUAUGCAAGUGGGUACAUAAAGUCUGGACCGUCAGUAAAUAUUAGAAGUAUCAUAUCUGGUAUCAUAUUCUUAUUCUCUAUGUGUCCAGACUAUAGAAUCACCCUGUAUAUUUGAUACUAACUAAAAGCCACGUUUAGUAUCAACUAUAACUAAGAACAGUUUUAGAGAACUUUAGAAAAUUGUGUACGUCCCAUAAUUGUCACUUACAAUCCUAGUCAGUGAUCUUUUAUUUUUUAGAUUUUUUCUAUUAAUUAGCAAAAUAUGAAUUUAGUUGUAAUUGUAUAAAGGAGUAUGAAUUAAUGAAAGAGGUAUAAUGUUACCUCUUGUAGAUUUGUAAUAAUUGUAUUUUUCUAUAUAUAUUGGUUAUUUCUAAACGUUAUUUAAUAUGUCUUAAUUAGUCUUUAAGAGUAUUAAAUUUUACAUGAAAAUGUUCUUUUUAUCUUCUUUGUAAGAAAUUCUAUUUUUAUUUUAAAUUUGACCAAGUAAUACUCAAAAUGAUAUGUCCAAGAGCUUUGCAAGACAUUUUUUGAAGUUCUCUAAGGUAUCAAGUAAUUUUUAUUAAAAAAAAAGCACGAUGAGAUGAAUUUAUCAUGAGAGAUAAACAAUUGACAAUUGAAAGUUGAGAAUUCAUUCAGAAAUUGGAAAUGAAAGAAAUGAAUUGAAAAGUGAAUAUUUAUUCGUGAACUGAGAAUUGAAAAAAUAAACUGUAAGCCGAGUAUUUAUUCACAGAGAAACAAAUCGUCUCGUAGCGGGUGCGAAAACUCAUUCGUCCGAAAAACACAGCUGCAGUCGACGUGUUAAGGUAGAAAGUGCGUCUCCAAGAACGUCUUUCAGUUAGAACAUUUUGUGUAAAUACACGGUGUGAUCGUGGCUCGUUUUUACGCGAAAGUGUCGGAUAUUUAACAGAUCCAUGCGAAUUCACCAAAGCCAUUUCCGUAUGAAUUUAAUACCGUAAUACCAAUUUCCUGUAUGGAUAAAACAGAACCUGAGAUUUAAUUUAACGACUAACGGAAACAUAUUUAAUUGAACGGAUAACAAGUUCCCGAAUCGUGUAAGCGACGUUUGUGCUACCUUUGUAAGAAUAUUAUUAUCGAUUCACAGGGUGCUUUACAAUGGAAAAUGUGAGAUACACCAAAUUUUAUUCUAUUUCUUCUGUUUAUAUUUUAUUUUAUUCAUAAUAGUAAUUUCAAUUUUCAUUCAACCAGCAAUUAAUAGAAAAUAAUUCAUUGUUGAUGAUGAACAAAAUUUUAGUCUAUUUCUUAUAUCUCUAUUUUAUUUUAUUUACAAUAGUAAUUUCAAUUUUCAUUCAACCAGCAAUUAAUAGAAAAUAAUUCAUUGCUGGUGAUGAACAAAAUUUUAGUCUAUUUCUUACAUUUUUAUUUUAUUUUAUUUACAAUAGUAAUUUCAAUUUUCUGUCUAGAUAAAUAUUUUCGCUAUUGGCACCCUGUGUAUCGAAAGAUUACCAUUAUUUGCGCUAUGAAUGUGAUGUAUUGCUUUCUGAUUGCUACUAAUGUAGAAAUACCAGCGCCAAAUACAUUUCGUUACGCGUCGAAAGGUACACCUACUACUAUCUCCUUUUAUAAAUGAAUAAUGCAUUCUAUGGUGAAUUAUACAUCGUACACUUCGUGUUUAUCUCAACGUCUCCGAUUUUUGGGGACGCGUAAAAUCUGCUUAAAGGUUACGGAAAAUUUCGCGCGAUAGGAAGAACGCGUGGAUGCGUAACUUAAGUCGAUUUAAGAUGCCAAUACUCCUAAGAAGGUUAUAUCGAACCAGUUGUGUAAGUACAUGUGAUAUUAUCGUGCCUUUGUAUAGAUCUUUAUUUGUGAAUUUUACGUACUGCCUAUUUUAUCGUAUUUGUACCUACGCGCGUUCACUUGUGAAAAUGUGGCGAGUCCCAAACGGCUUGCAUAAUCGUUUAUGCAAUUCGCAUUUCGAUCGCUCGCUAAGAUGCUUCGACAUUUCAUCGGAUACCGAAUAAAAUUUCUCUAUUGAAUAA